CUCUACCCCUCACAGAGCUGCUGUCAACUCACUUUGCUUUCCUUGACACAAGAUAAUCUCUCUAGCUGCACUUAUUACAGAUUUUUUCUAUCAUCUUCUACACAAAGACUAAGAUUUUUUUCCUGCACCAGUGUCAUCUUAACCAAAGAGGAAACCAACAAUGUCUGGCAUCAUCAAAGUGUUUCUGCUCCUGGCCGUUGUGGUCUGCAUCUCUAAAGCCCAGCGCGUUGAUUCCGGACAGCAGUGUCUGUGUCACAAUGUCAGGGAUUCCCUCGCCAAGUCUGAAAUAAAGGACAUCCAGAUCUACCCAGUCACCAUCUUCUGUAACAAAGUGGAGAUUGUUGUCACCACCAACACUGGUCGCUUUUGCCUGAACCCCAACAACAAGCGAGUGAAAAACUUCCUGAUUAACAUCCUAAAGAAGAAGAAAACCUUUACCACAGUUAGGCCGGCUCAUUUCACCACCAACUAGGGCAGCAGCAGCACAGCUCGCAUUUGAGUCUCUCUUUAACUCGGGUGAACAAGAAGCUCAUAUGACCUCUGACCCCCCACCCCAGCAAAGGCACCUUCAACGAAUGUAGAUGUGAAAUAAGUGAAGCUUUUUGUGUAUUUAUCUUCUAUUUAUACUGAUGUGCACUUACAGUAUAUCUCCGUUCUAUCUUAUUUCCUCUGAUUUGUUUCUGUAAAUACAUUUAUGCGCUGUAAACCAAGUUUUUCUGCAUUUUGAUAACUUCAGUUUUUU